AUGAUAUGCCCUCCCAGUCCUCGUACAAUAGGCCGUCCGGUGCAAGAACUCGUAAUAGUUGACUGGCAAUGCAAUGCGAUGCGCGCCGUGGUGGUGUAUGCAUAUCUGCCCACUGGUGCAAUUGCCAUGCAUCAGAAGCAAGCAAAUCGCGUGUCAAGUCGAGUGAGUGAGCAGACAGGGAGCCCAAGUCAAGAGCCCAACGCGGACAGAUGUCGAUUGGCCGCUGCACUGCCGAUAGCCAGCGAACCGGCUGCAUGUCGACUCCAUCCCGGUCUCAGCAUCUCUCCCGGCUCAGUCGACCAUCUGCCGCUUUUCUUUCAUCCAGCCCUUGUUGUUGGAGAGGCUCCAAGCCGUCUCCCGGGGUUCACCACAGCGGAUUCGUACCCCCCCCCCUCCCCUCCUCUCCCCCUCUCCGUCUUCUUGUUCCUCUUCUCCUCCUCGCCUGGCCUGGAAUCCCCUCGAAAGACGCUCUCUCUCUCGCACACGCCCUCUCCAUCUUGCUCGGAUGCCAGCCGUAUCGCUGGAUUCUCGUCGCCCAAUCUGGUCCGCCACUUGUACUCCGCAGAUCGUUGGGUUCCGCACCGCUGCAGCAGAGGGAAUUCCGAAGGCUCGCUUGUGAGCAUGGAGAGGAGAGAGAGGAAACCGGAAUCCAUGGGCCGACUCGAUACCCAGGAUGGAGAUGGAGACGGUAAAUGCAGGCGAGGAACGACGGCGGACAAAUGGCAGACGUGUGAUUUGCCUGUUGAAUUCGACAACUGCACGACUACGGUGGAUGAUGAUGCAGCCAGUGGCACAAGUUCAGUUGAGUCCAGUUCUACGGAGUACAAGAGAUACCAGGUACUGCACCCAGGCCGGGAUGCGGCUCUGACGGAGAAGGAAGGUUGUGCGGCCGCGGCUUCUGCAGCUUCCAGGUUGUCAACCGACACUCUGGCGUAA